AUGUUCUGCCUUCUUCAGCUCGCAAGGUGUGAUAGAUUCGCAGUUCUUAUUGCUGGUUCCAACGACUUCUACAACUAUCGCCACCAGGCCGAUAUCUUCAACAUGUACCAGCAACUUGUUAAGCGUGGAUUCGAUGAUCAGCACAUCACAAUGAUGGCUUAUGAUGAUAUUGCUUUAUCAUCUGAAAACCCAUUCAGAGGCAAGGUCUUCCACACACUUAAGCACGUCAACAUCUACCCAGGUUCCUCCAAGAUCAACUACGCUCACAAUUCCGUCACAGCUGACCAGUUCUACACAGUCCUUACAACACUCAAGUCCACAACAAGCGAUAACGUCUACAUCUACUACGAUAACCACGGUGGCCCAGGCAUUCUUGGUGUUCCAGAUGGUGUUCCAGGAGGCUACAUCGAGGCUGAACCACUUGCUAAGGCCUUCGACACAAUGGAAGCUAAGGGACUUUACGGCAAGCUCUUCUUCGGUAUCGAAGCUUGCUACUCCGGCUCCGUCGCUGCUGUCUUCCGUGCUAAGAACAUGUGCACAAUCACAGCUGCUAACGAUGAUGAAUCAUCCUAUGCUGCUGUCUACGAUUCCACAGUCGGCGCAUAUCUUUCCAACGAAUUCUCCAACUACUUCAUGGCCUACCUCGAUUCCAACCCACAGAACACAAUCGGCAACCUCUACACAAAGGUCAAGGCCCAGACAACAGGCUCCCACGUUUGCUACUACGGUGAUGUCAACAUGAAGAACCUCAAGCUCUCCGACUUCCUCGGCACACCAAACGAGGUUGUUGCUCCAAAGGCUGAUGCUAAGAUCGACAUCAUCCCACACUACCUCGCUACAAAGUCCACCCUCUACCAGCUUGCUCAGUCAACAGAUGCUAAGAUCGCUGGCCGUGCUAAGGUUGCUCUCCACGAGGUUAUCGCUGCUGCUGAAAAGCUCGAUCUCACACUCACAUCUAUCGCUGAAAUCCUCGAGCCAGAGACAAAGAACGUUCUCCGUGCUAAGUGCGGCAAGAUCACACCAGAAUACUUCGAGGUCCUCCACUACUUCACAGAGAAGUAUGGCGUCGUCAAGGGUGAUGACAUGAUCAAGCUCAGAGUUCUUGUUAACCUCGCUCUCAAGCACAAGGUUGCAGACAUCAAGGCUGCUAUUGAUGCCAUCUGCUAA